AUGUACCGUUCUUCUGCCCGGUGUAGCUUUUUAACCAGAUAUUUUUGUCCCCUAAAAGGAGCUUGCAUACCGCGUCCAUCUCGUCGCAGCUUUUCCAAGCCGAGCACCCAGCGCCCAGCUGGCCGGGUCACAAGUACUCGUGCAAGAAACGGCCGUUCGUCGUUAGCUCGCGCUCGUGCCAUGAUGCGGCGGGGUUUCCCAGCGUUUUCGCUUGGCUUCGCCCUCGUGACGGCUGCUUCUGUCCAAGUGAGCUAUGCUAGUGGCGAGGAAGGAAUUGCCUGCACUGCCGGGACCGAAGAAGCCGCCCUCAUACAGCGCCAUUCCGUGGGAAAUGGGAAGGACAUGACGGUACCGCCGAAAUCGGCGCUGCUUGUUAUUGACAUGCAGAACGAUUUCAUUAACGGAACACUGCCUGUAGCCGGUGGAGAGUCCAUCAUCCCGACCAUUAACAAGCUGAGUGGUCUGAAAGAGUGGGAUUAUGUGGGCUUCACAACGGAUUUCCAUCCGGCCAACCAUAUCUCGUUCGCUUCCAACAGUCCCUUCAAUCUGUCUCCUUUCGAAUCCAUCGAUAUGGCAUACACCGGUUUCGAGGAGGUUUGCGGUGAGGAAUACGUGUCAAUCUAUAAGGAAUCUGCAGCCGAUUGCUCCGCCAAUGACGUGCGUGUCCAGUUUUCGCAAGAACUCUGGCCAGACCAUUGCAUUCAAGGUACUUGGGGACAACACAUCCAUGACGAUGUCAUCGUGCCGAGUAGUGCCUUCAUCAUUCGUAAGGGGCUGACGACCGUCGUCGACAGCUACGGUGCCUUCACGAACAACUAUGGCAUGUACUUGUCCGGCAAGAAGGAGUCGAUCAUGAAACGAAUCGAGGAAAACUCAUUGAGAAGCACCCUCACAAAGCUGGGCAUUCAGCAUGUUUAUGUGGCCGGACUCGCUUUGGACUACUGCGUGAAAUACACCACGUUGCAGGCCUUGCGUCGUGAUUUCGAGACGUCUGUCAUCAUUGAUGCAACAAAGCCUGUGUCAGAGAAAACGGGCGCGGAGGCCGUGCACGCUGUCACAGCUGCAGGUUUGAGUGCUGCCUUGUUGACUUUGCGGCUGCUUUGGCUUCCAAGUGAGGGGGACAGCGUCAUGUGCGCUGAUCCACACCCCUCUUUCCAGAUAGUCUUGCUUGGUCUUACGGCCAGGAAGCUUGUGGUCUCCUUUGUUCUCUUCCUGGCGCCAGCGCUGGCGUUCAAAGGCAGUCGGCGCCAUGCAGGAGAAGCGUCGAUGGAGCUACCAAUAGCAAGAAGUUCUGAAGCCUUCUUGCAGUUGUCGUCAGACCAGGUCACCCUCAGUGAUGGUGCCAAAGGGCGCCAUAAGAUCGGUGGCCAAUUCCAUGAAGAUCGGAUGAAAGAGCUGCAAAAAGUGAAGCAUGCUCUCAUAGAAAUGGCCCACGAAGAGGGCACCGACAGAGCAGUCCCAGCGGGAAAGAGCAUGAGUUUCUACAUGUCUACAGUUAUUGAGAUGAUCAACACUACCAUGAGAUCUUCUCUCGCCGAACAGCAUGACGCUGACAAGUCCGUCAUGGGACUCCACUUCAAGCAGUUCGAUACUUGUUUGUCGUCCUUGUCGUCAGGCCUGGCCUGGCCGAAUGCGAUACUGGUUGGCGGCAGCUACGCUGGGCAAGCGUACAGUGGACUUGAUAUUGACAAGAAAGCCCACAAUGAUUGCCGACAGACGCAGAACGACAAGAAGCUGCUGUAUGACACGUGCAUCGACGAUGAGAGGAUGAGGUGGGAAGCUGUGAAGGCCGCCUGCGACGACAACUUCACAAAGUUUUACAGCACCGUGUCUGCAAAGUCAACUGGUGCAUGGCAGAAGCAGUGUGAUUCUCAGCUCGAGAUCUUCUCCAACACAGCUCCGGAUGCGGAUCCCUCCGGCUUGGUGGACCUUGGUGAUGUGGACACAGAAGGCUACCUGCUGGCUCAGUUCAACUUCUGGGACAAGAAGCUCGAGGCGUAUCUGACUGCGGAGGCCCUUUGCAAGAAAGCCACGGCUACAGCUGAGGCUGAGAAGGCCGACUGCAGCUCGAAGCUCGAGGACUUCUUCAACAUCUCCAAGCAGUGUGAUACAUUACAGGACAGCUUGGAUGGUAUGGCCUGUCAGCAGGCGUUGGCUAGGCAUACCAAGUGCUCUGACUAUGACACGUGCUUUACCACCGCGGAAUCGUCCUGGAAGACGAUCAAGCAGACCAUGUGUGGUGCCUCUGGCAAAGAAGGGGUCCUCCAGGAGGAGCUGAUCAUGAUCGAGCAGAUCGAAUGCAUCCUUGAUGCUGUGACAAAGCCCAACAGCACCACGCAGGUGGCAAAGUGUCUCAACAAUCCUCCAAAGCGGAGCCACGCGCUGCUAUUCCCGCAGUGUUCCGAGGUGGUGCCGUCCAAGAACGACAUCCAAAAUUGCGGCAACCAUCUGAAGCCGGGUGACGAUGCCGACAUGCCGGGCACCAAACCAUACGUGGAGAAGUACUACACCGGCCCUGAGUCGAGCCCGACUGGCUACCCCCUUCCGGCAGUGAGCGAGUAUGAGGACUCCAACCAUGCUCCACCGGUAGAUGUGAAGGCCUGUGUGGCAACAUGCUGCACGAAGCCACCUGCAGCUGCUGACAACGCUCGUGGUUUGGACAAGCGCCCUCAGGACUGUGGAUUUUGCGGUGGCUUGCCCUGCAAGUAUUGCGAUUCGGAGGGCUGCUGUUCGACGCAAGUGGACGGUGGACAAUGCAAGAAAAAGAACCCGUACGCAGCCGUUACGUGCAAGGACGAGCGCCAGGACGCCAGCGAAGCCAAUGCUACAAAUGUCACCAUGCAGGUUCGUGUGGCGGCCAUCGAGGCUGCUCUCAUGGCCAAGCAACGUGGUGAGAUCGUCCGAGAUCAGGCAGCCGCCGCCGGAAGGGCCGCCGCACUCAUGGCGCGGUCGCUGGGUCUGAAGGUGGAGGAGCAAGCUGCUAUGGCGGCUGCCGAAGCUGCCCUUGUGGCUGUUAAGGCAGCGCAGACUCCGCAACAGCAGAUGGAAGCUGCUGCCAACGCUGCCUAUGCGGCUGUGGAGGAGGCGGCCAGCAGCUUCUUUGGCCCUACGGCCGAUGCCGAAAGCAGCGGUCAUAGCAAAGCAACGGCAAAGAUGGCCGAGGAAGCCGCGUUGACGGCAGCCGUAAAAUCAGCCCUCGCGGCCGGCAUGAGCAAGACGGAGGCCGAGGCCGCGUCGGCCGAGGCGGUUACCCAGGAUGCCGGAAACUAUGCAGCCUCGAAGGCAGCAGCAGUUGCAAGAGCGCAAAAGAAGCCAGUGAAGGUGCAAGUCCAAGUCGCCGUGGAGGCUGCGGUGAAGGCCACAAAGAGCACCGAGGGCAGCGUGGAGGAGCAGGCGGUAUCGGCGGGCCUGGCGGCCUCCGAUGCCUCUCGUGCCGCCGGCCAGCCAGUCCGAGACGAGGUCCUCUGGGCAGCACGACACACCGUGGAGCUUGGCAAGGAGAAGGGUUUGAACGAGCCCAAAGCCCUGGCGCUUGUCCGGCACGUCAUCCUCAAGGUGGCGAAAGCCCAUGGCAUGUCGGAUGAUCAGGCUGCGGCAAUGGCAGACAUGGCCAUCGACCAGGUGGCGGAGAAGAUCUGCAUCACUCCAAAGUUAGAAGGAUACGAUGUGACUGAGGAGUCCCUGAACCAGACCGCUGCCUUUAGCGUCAAGGUUGCCUGCGCUCCUGGCUUUUAUGGCUCGCCAAAGGCCACAGUCUGCUCGAUUUCUGGUGCUCCGUACACACUCCUGGGAUGCUUCCCGAUCGUUUGUUCUACUCCGAUCAGCAUGGAUGGGUAUCAGGUUACUGAGCUUUCCAGGGCAAUCUACCAGUGGAACGUGUCUGCAGCUUGUGACGAUUUUUUCGCGGGCACGCCAAAGGUCACACCUUGUUCGGUGCACAACACUCCAUACGGAUUGACUGGAUGUGUCGAGAAGCACUGCUCUACCUCGAAGAAAAUCAAGGGCCACGGUUAUGACGUGACAGAGGUCUCCACCAGCAUGCGUAGCUUCGAGAUCAACGUCAAAUGUCACGAGUCCUUCAAAGGCGACCCGACAGCACACGUUUGCAAGAAGAUGAACGAGCCUUACGAACUUCACGGCUGUACACAUCGUGAGUACUGUAUCAGCCCUUCUGCUCAGAAGCAGGUUGGGUACGACAUUAAGGAAAUCGAUCUUGAAAUCCCUGGGUUCGUCGUGAAGGCUAGCUGCUCGAAGAACUACGUUGGCGAAGCACUGGUCGAAGAGUGCGAUGAUGAUGAUGGGGAGUACGUCCUGUCUGGCUGUGAGCCAAUGACAUGUGCAUCUCACAUGGCAUCUGCGCCGACGGGCUACAAGAUCACAUCCGAGAACUUGGAGGUUCCGGACUUCCAAGUCGACGUCGAGUGUGCCUCUGGCUACAUGGGAGAUCCUGGUGCCACGGCGUGCUCCACUCAAAGCGGCUCCUACAGUGUCUCUGGCUGUGAUCCGAAGAAGUGCGUUGCACCGAAGAGCAAGGUGGGCUACUCCAUUGUUAAGGAGGCUUCGCUGGACAUGCCCACGCUGGAUGUUUCCGUAGAAUGUGCAGCCAAGUACAUGGGCACACCGGCGGCGGCUGCCUGCUCGGACCACCUUGGCGAGUAUGUCCUCUCGGGUUGCUCCCCGGAAACAUGUCUCGAGCCGCUUGAUGUGGUCGGUUACGUCACUCAGGUGGAGUCGCUGCAGCGCCCGAGCUUCGCAGUCACCGCCAAAUGUGCCCGGCUUUACGAGGGUUCUCCUGUGGUGACAGCCUGUGCGCAGCACGACCGGGUCUUCAACCUGUCCGGUUGCAAGCCUUCGGUCUGCUCCAGACCCGCUAACAUCAAGGCUUACACAAUUACUGAGGAGAAGUCCCUUGAGAUGCGCAGCUUUAAUGUGGAAGUCAAAUGUGCUUUGAACUACACAGGAGCUGCGAGUGUGACGGAUUGUUCCAAAGCCGACGAGCCCUACACCCUGCACGGCUGCUUUCCCCAGCUUUGCACCAAGCCUUCGAAGGGUGCUACCGAGGGCUAUGUGGUCACAGAGAAGUCGCUUGAAAGGCCAAGCUUUGAUGUCUCCGCGACAUGUGCCGUGGACUACAUGGGGAGCCCGGUUGUCUCGGCGUGCAGUGGUCAUGACCUCCCCUUCACAGUGUCGGGCUGCAAGCCUGAGACCUGCACAGAGCCCACAGAUGCAGAGAAAGAGGGCUAUUCCAUCACUGUAGCCUCCUUGACCAGGCCCCACUUCAGCGUCGAAAUCGACUGUGCAGCCGGCUACACGGGGACCCCCAGUGUCACACGCUGCACUGCACACGGGAGGCCAUACACCUUCGGUGGCUGCCAUGAGAUUGAAUGCAGCACGGCCCAGACCUCUAAGGGUUUUGCCAUUGUCCACGAGUCCUCCCGGAGACUCACAAGCUGGAACGUCAGCGCCAAGUGUGCGGCGGGAUGGUACGGCGAAGUCGUCGUUGAGCCUUGCUCCGAGCAUAGGAAGCCUUUCACACUGUCGGGCUGCGCGCCCAUGGUCUGCACUUCCCUGAAAGACACUCCUCCAGAAGGGUAUGUGGUGAACACGGAGUCGUCGCUCACAGUGCAUAGCUUUGGCGUGAAAGCCAGCUGUGCGCCAGGCUACCACGGAACAGCCCAGGUGGCUUCCUGCAGCUCGCACCAGACGGCUUACACUUUGACCGGGUGCCAUCCCAUUGUCUGCGCGUCCAUGGCACUGGCCCCACCCACUGGAUACAUCGUCAAGGCCGAGACUUCCCUGGAGCAGCUCAGCUUUGGAGUGAAGACGGAGUGUGCUGCCGGCUACUAUGGCACCCCCGUGGCCAAGGCCUGCAAGAGCGAGGGGCUGCCGUACACGCUGGAAGGCUGCAGCGUGAAGGUCUGCAAAUCCCGGGUCGGCAAUGUGCCGCGAGACAUCGUUUUGGUCAAGGAAGGCUCUCUGGAGGUGCCGAGCUUCACCGUCAAUGCCCGCUGCCAUCCCGGUUACAUGAACGAGUCUACCGUUCCCAAGGGCAAGAUCAGUGUGCGGCCUUGCACCAAGCACGGAGAGUAUUACAAGCUUGAGGGUUGCGAACAUGAAGUGUGCGAGUCCAUGAGCAAAGACCCUCCAGCAGGCUACAAGGUCUUUGCCGAAGAGUCACUUCAAAUUACAACUUUCCAGGUGGACAUCGGCUGCGAUGAGGGUUACACUGGUUCUCCCAAGGUCGGCGUGUGCAAAAACCACGCGCUGCCAUACAGCUUCGCCGGUUGCCGGAAGAUCAUGUGCACCUCUCCGGUGCUGCCGGCUGGCCACCUGGUCGUUGAAAACGUGAAGACUCAGCUGGACUUCCAGGUGGAUGCCUCUUGCGCGGACAAGUAUAUGGGCACGCCUAAGACUGUGGCUUGCCAAGAGGACGGCAAGCCUUAUGCUUUGGACGGUUGCGUGCCGGAAAUCUGCAAUGCACCGGCUAGCACUGUGGGCUACACUGUGGUUGAAGGCUCUCUCGAGCGACCAAGCUUCCAGGUGACGGCCACAUGCGCUGCUGGCUUCUAUGGCACUCCUGUGGUGGCGCCUUGCAUGGCACACCACGAGAGCUACAAGCUCUCUGGCUGCCAGCCAGAGCCUUGCAUUUCGCCAGAUGCUUCGGACACUGUGGCCUACAAGAUCAAAGAAGUUAGCCUAGAAGUCCCCACCUUCAACGUCUCGGCCACAUGCGCGGACGAUGCGCUCGGGAAUGCUACCACCCAUGUUUGCGCCUCAAAGUACAGCAAGUACUCCGUGAAGGGUUGCUCCAUCCCCUUCUGCACAAAGCCAGCGGCCCCGCAGCUCAUCGGCUACACCGUGGACAAGGAGACGUCGCUGAAGAUGCUGAAGUUGGAUGUGAAGGUGUCUUGCGCAGAGAACUACACGGGCGUCGCUUCGGUGAAGACCUGCCCCGGACACGGCACGGCAUAUUCCGUCGAUGGCUGCGUACCUUUCAAGUGUACGUCGGCCGCCCGAAGCAGUGAAGAUGGCUUAAUUGUCUUUGAGAAAUCACUGCAAAAGCUGGACUUCGAGGUCCAUGCAGACUGUGAGGACGGUUUCGGGGGGACGCCAGAAGUCAAGAUCUGUGAGGCUCACAAUACGUCAUACACAAUCGGCGGAUGCACCAAGCAAUUCUGUGCCUCACCAGUCGGGGAUGACACUGCAGGCUAUGUCAUCACAGAGAGCAACUUGCAUCGGGCGCCCAACAUGUUCAGCGUCACAGCGAAGUGUGCCGCGGGAUACUUCGGCACUCCCAAGGUGAGUGUUUGCAAGGGCCCGAAUCUGCCAUAUGCCAUCGAGGGUUGUGAGCCUGUGGAGUGCAAGUCGCCGCGAAACCUCACCAGCAGCGGCUACAUGGUGUUCGAGAAUUCGAAGCAGCUGCCAGACUUCAACGUGAAGGCAGAGUGCCUCGACAAGUUCCUCGGCACGCCCAAGGUCACCCCCUGCGAGUCCCACGAGGAAGUCUACAACCUCACCGGUUGCGAACCAGCGAAGUGUGUGAUGCCUAGCAAGGAAGAGCUACAGGCUUACGACUUGGAGGUGAAGUCCCUCGAGAGGCCCUUCUUCAGUGUUGUGCCACGGUGCAAAUACCGUCCCAAUGGGAAAGUCACGGAGGGGAAGGUGACCGCUUGCUCCAACCACCUCGAGCCCUUCAAGGUGGAGGGUUGUUUCCUGAAUUGCGAGUCCACCUCCUUGGGUGUGGAGCAGGGCUACAUCGUGCAUGAGAAGAACCUCCUGAUGCCUGACUUCGAUGUGGAGGUGUCCUGUGCCCCAGACUAUGUCGGGAAGCCUGUCGUCAGCGCCUGCUCGAAGCCACUGACGGCCUACAGCGUUUCCGGCUGCAGGCCCAUGAAGUGCAUUGCACCCACUGCAGAGGCCAAAAAGGAUUAUGUGGUGAAGGAGACCUCCCUUGAGAAGCCAACUUUCGCAGUGUCGGCCACAUGUCUGAAGGGAGGCAUGGCCGGGGAGGUUGUCCCUUGCAUCUUCGACGGCGAGCCCUACACGCUGAAGGGUUGCGACGAGGCCUCCUGUGAGUCUCCCCAUCGCACGCAGGAAACUGGGUACACAGUGUACGAGAAGGACCGGCACUUCCGAUCCUUCAAGGUCUCUGCCGAUUGUUCCGCAGGAUUUAUGGGACUCGGGGUGGUCCACCGUUGCACCCAGCCCGGAGAAGCUUUCACCCUCACGGGCUGCGAGCCGAAGACUUGCAAAGCUCCCGUCGGAAUCGGAAAGACGGAUUAUGACCUUACAGAGUCUUCCUUGGAUAUCCCGACCUUCAAAGUGGGCGUGAGGUGCAAAUAUGGAGGGACCGGCACCGCGAAAGUGUGUACCGACCAUGACCAUGCGUACACCCUGAAGGGUUGUGCACCUCCAGUCUGCGCAACACCUGCGCAGACAGAAGGCUACGUUGUGACGGAGAACUCCAAGCUCAUGCGUGAGUUCCAGGUAUCAGCAAAAUGCGCCGCAGGAUACAUUGGCAAGCCCGUGGCCACCGAGUGCAUCGAGCACGACAAGCCCUACGGCUUAGCCGGUUGCGUUCCUGAGAAGUGUACAACACCAGACGCAGACUCUCUGGUCAACUACCUGGUCACAGAGACGUCCUUAGAGCUACCAAGCUACAGCGUCACUGCGCGGUGUGCUGAUGUCGGCACGCCAGCGAAGUCCAUCUCUUGCAAGAAGGAUGGGCAGCCUUACACACUGACGGGAUGCAAGCAGCAUUGCACAAAGCCAGACGUUAUCCCCAAGGGGCAUGUGGUGACAGAGAGCAACCUUCUGGUUUCAGUUUUCGACGUGAAGGUCGAAUGUGGCGAGGGCUACAUGGGUGUGCCUGUCGUGACCCAGUGCACUUUGGCCGGUGAGCCCUACUCGGUCUCAGGCUGUGUGCCCGAGAAGUGCGCGAUACCACCGGACGAGAUUAGCCACAAGUACGAGAUCAAGGUUAACUCGCUGGAACGACCAAGUUUUGAUGUAGAGGUGCAGUGCAAGGGAGGGCAAACCAGCACUCCCAAAGCGUCAGCCUGUGAUGGAGAUGGCAAGCCGUUUGGGCUGGAAGGUUGCAUGGGACUGCAGUGCACGUCUCCGAAAGGAGGGGUGAGCGACGGCUAUAUUGUGUACGAGGGGUCCAUCAUGUCCAACUCCUUCAACGUGCAAGCAUCCUGUGCGAAAGGCUACACUGGGCAUGCCAAAGUCUCCGCGUGCACAGUUGAUGAGGGGCCCUAUACUUUGUCUGGCUGCAAGCCCAAGACAUGCAAGGCUCCAACGUACAUACACCAGGAGCACGUACAAUAUGAGGUGACAGAGCGAUCACUGGAGAUGCCCAGCUUCAGCGUGGGUGUUCGUUGCAAGGGUGAGAAGGCUGGCAUCCCGAGGGCAGUUGAGUGCGAGGAGGACGGCCAGCCCUACCGGCUGGAGGGGUGUCAGCCUCUGGAGUGUUUGUCACCAAAGGCGAAGAAGGACGACGGAUAUGUCGUGUAUGAGGGAUCUCGACAAACGAACCACUUCGAGGUGACAGCGCGUUGUGCCCAAGGCUACAAGGGCCAUGCCAAGGUCGAAAUGUGUGCCGAGGACCAGACGCCGUACAUCCUGUCUGGAUGUGAACCCAUGAAAUGCGUAGAGCCGCGUGAAGUCGAGAUGACAUCCUAUGACCUCACAGUGCAUUCGCUGGAACUCCCCAGCUUCAGUGUCUCUGCUAGAUGCAAGACCCAUCAAAAGAAGGGUGAGGUGGUUCGAGCAGUCCCGUGCAAAGAUGAUGGUGAUGAGUUCACCCUGGAGGGAUGUGUUCCCGGACAGUGCACUUCUCCAAGCAACGCGGCGAGUGGGGGCUAUGUGGUGUACGAAGCAUCGAUGAUCGUGAAUUCCUUCGAUGUGACGGCGAAGUGCGCCGCUGGAUACAAAGGCAAGGCCUCGGUGGCUGUGUGCAAGGACGUCGACGAGCCAUACUCUCUGGGUGGCUGCGAGCCGGAGAAAUGCACAGAGCCGACCGCUCGUGAUAUGGAGGGAUACGACCUGACGGUUUUCUCACUGGAGCGGCCCAGCUUUAGCGUCUCUCUCAAGUGCACCAGUGGAAUUGGCCAUGGCAAAGCCAAAGAAUGUACGAAGGACGGCGAGCCCUACACGCUGGAGGGCUGUUACAUCGGUGAGUGCGCUUCCCCGAGAGAGGACUUGGGCCACGGAUACAUCGUGUAUGAGCAGUCGAAGAUGCGUCACAACUUCGAAGUGACAGCCGAGUGUGCAAAGGGCUACAGGGGCUUCGCGAAAGUCACGGAGUGCUCGAAAGCAGACGAGCCUUAUUCCUUGACUGGCUGCGUCCCUGAGACCUGCGUGGAACCGAGUGUGCAAGACUCAGCAAACUAUGACUACACCAUCUUUUCCCUGAAGCGGCCCUCCUUCAGUGUGACAGCUCGAUGCAAGCACGGCUUCCUCAACGCAACAGCCAGCGAGUGUGCCUACGACGGUGGGCCCUUUGUGCUGGAGGGCUGCAAAGAUGCAUGUGCCUCUCCCAAGCGAGCGGCCGACGAUGGCUAUACCGUGGUGGAAAAGAAGCUGGUGAUGGACGAGUUCACAGUCGAUGCUCUGUGCAUGCCGGAUUACAAGGGGACUGCUAAAGUUGCGAAGUGUCCUUCGGCCAGACAGCCUUACGUUCUAAGUGGCUGUGAGCCCAAGAAGUGCGUACUUCCCAGCGCCGAAGAUCGGGCUGCGUAUGCCUUGACCAUCUACAGCACGGAUGCACCCUCCUUCAGCGUUACGGCGAGAUGCAAGAAUGGAGUUGGGACUGGCAAGGCCAAGAAGUGCUCCGAAGAUGGCCAUCCCUUCAUCCUGGAGGGCUGCCCUUCCUUGUGCACUUCUCCAAAGAAGACCGCAGAUGAGGGCUAUGUCGUGUUUGAGAGGUCCAUGUUGAGGAAGCAGUUUGACGUCGGUGCAAUCUGCGCUGAUGGCUACAAGGGCAACGCCACCGUGACAAAAUGCAAGACAGCAAACGAGCCGUACAGCGUGGGCGGCUGUGAGCCAGAAAAGUGCAUAGAGCCAAGCUCAACGGAGAAGGCCAACUACAACAUCAUCACUUAUUCACUAGAGCGACCAUCGUUCAGUGUCACAGCCAGAUGUAAGAAUGGGAAAGGCACUGGCAAGGCCAUACCGUGCAGUGGUGACAAUAUGCCCUACAAACUGGAGGGAUGUGGUGGAAAGCUGCUGGAGAAGAGCCGGUUCCAGACGGGCCUCCCUCCCACAGUGCGCUUCGUGGUGUUAAUCGAUGCUGCGAGCACGGUGGCCUCUCUGCGGCAGCGAAUCCAAGCAGACUUCCGAUCCGUCUUUCCAAGCAGGUUGCCGGUGAUCUUUUUCCGCAUGGCCAGCGCAGACGGCUUCUUCUUGACAGAUGCAGCCGUGGUGGGCGAAGUGCUCGACGAUGGCAGCACGGUGACCUGCCACCGUGCAGAUUCUGAGGUGACGGGCGCGCCGUUGCCAGACAAGCCGAGCUUGGAGGAGGUGAGGGGCAUCUUCGCAUCCUUCCGGGCACAGAUCUCCUACAUCGCCCGGACGGUCUGCCACGCUGCGCUCAAAGCCCACGGAGAGGCGAGCUCCGAGGCCAUGUCCAUCCUGCUCGCCAUGCUGAUGCUUGGGGGUCCACAGCUCCUCCAGGUCCGGACAGAUGCGCUGGACAUUCUGGGGAGGCUGCUGCCGGCCCAGGACGGUGCCGCCUUGCCGGCCUUCCUCGCAGCUGGUGGCCUCUUCGUUCUGCUCGGCUUGCUCUCGCCUUCCACCAAGCUGGAUUCCGAUCCCGAGGUGCUGGAAAAGACCACGCAGCUCUUCCUGGAGCUGGUGUUGCAGCACGGCACUGCCCUGGCACCAGUGCUGGAGGACUGUCAUCCCGUCAUCCUGAUGCAAAAGCUGGCGAAGGACUCCAGGUGCACCUCCCGGAUGAAGCAAAAUGCAUACGCAGCACGGAAGGCAUUGGAGAAGGUUGGCGUCGGGAGUGCGAGCACCGCCAAAGGUGGCCUGGGGGGAUGCGUGGGCGCAAGCGAGGGAAAGCCCCAAGUCGAAAGAAGCAGGUUGCAGUCAGCUGGUGCUGCUGUCGCGCAUGGAGGCUACUCUCCGUCAGGCAGGAAUGGCUCUCUGUCUGAGAGGACGCCGACUCCAAUUCUACCUGGAGGGAUGACUCUUCGACUCUUGCUGGACCAGAGGAAGCUCAGUUUGGACUCCUCUGCCUUGGGCCAGGCCCUGUCGGAGUUCGAGGCCAAGGUCGUCAGCAGCCAGGAGGGUGCCCUCCAUGAGCUGGCAGCAGACUCUGGGUUCGCCGAGGUCCUGUCGAAGGCACUGCAGUCAGCAGCAAGAGGCGGAGCCUUGCAUCUGCUCCCCAGCCUGGGCAGAGUCCUCGUCCGCCUCAGAGGGGAGCCUCGGUCGCGGGCGGCCUUCGUCCGACAGCUGGGCCGCUGCCUCCGCUUCGGGGAAGCCCUUGAGGUGCUCCAGUCAUCCUGGGCGAAUCUGCCAGAGGCCCUGAGGUCGGCCAUGCUGGAUUCGAUGGAGGAGAUGAUUCAGCAGAUUGCUAGAUCAUCCACCCAUGUGCACGAGCAGCAGUCCGUGCAGGUGCUGCUGCAAGAGCACGUUCCUGCAGAGCUCCAGGCCCUCGCGCUGCGUAUGCUACGGAGACUGGUGGACCCUGAUGGCGUCUCCGGUUCGACAUUCCGAAUGUCUCCGAAGGCCAUCAACUCCGGGCUCAUGCAUGUCAUGCCCAGGCACCCGCUCGCGUGCCUGGAAAUUCUGGGUACACUGGCCCUCAAGGAGGACUUCCGGCAGUUCUUCGCGAACCAGGCUUCGCUUCUCAAGUUCCUCGCGCACUGCUGCACCCAGCCGGAAGCCUGUGCUGUCCGAGGUGCGGAAAGCCACAGCCCGGUCGCACUGCAAAGGGCUGCAUGCAGGUGCAUGGCCAACUUGGCUUCACAGCCCGAGGUGCGCGACUGGGCCAGGCAGGCACCAGCGCUGCAGAGCCUGCACGAAGCAACGGGCGACCUGACUGUGCGGGCUUACCUAGGCAUGGCUUUGGGCAUGGAGUCCUGA